GGUUGGCGCAUUCACCAAAAUUUUCGUUCUUUCUUUUGUGUACAAUUUCGGUGCCAUGUCCUAACCUAACUAAUCUCUCUGGUCUCUGAUAGAUAAUAGAUACAGUACACAGUUGAUGCAAGUGGUUUGAUUAAAAGUAUUAAUUUUCCUUGAAAUAUGUGUUUAUAGUGUAAUAAAUAAAUAUGUUUAAAUGAAAAUGGCCAAAAGUCCCUCAGAUAUACUUAAAGAACGAGACACCUACCUACAGCAUUUAGGUGAAGACAUAAAUAAAUAUGAUAAAACAAUCCAGACAUUAACAAAGGAACAAGAAACAAUAGACUCUCUAAUUACUAAUUUACAAACACUUAAAACCUACCCAGAGCAGGAAGCUCUUAUUCCUUUAGGUAAAAAUAUCUAUAUGAAAGGCAGAAUAGUGCAUACUGGAGAAUAUUUUGUGAAAAGAAUUGCCCAUCCUGAUUCCAUAGUAAUGUUACAAACUGCCGAUGACACUAUAAAACGACUUGAGGAAGAAAAGAAAACCAAAGAGGAAGAUAUCGAUAAAGCUGAGUACGCAAAGUUCCAAAUAGAGGAGAGAAUUAAAAUACUUAACGGUGAAGACUCAUUUCAAGCCGAUAAGUCAGAUAUGCCUAAAGAAAUUAAGUCUGAAAAAGGAGUUGCUGUUAGGGUGGGAGAUUUUUAUGAAAUAUUGGAAUUUGAAGAGUAAUUCACAUUUUUAUUAUAAUAAAUUAUUGUUUUAUAAUAA